AUGGCUACCCCAGGGCCUGAGCAACACCUUCAGGCUCCGGAGACCUCCACAUCAGCAGCGUCGACCCCGGAGAAGUCCUUUCAACCAAUGGAGGUUCAUGACCCCGAGUCUGGCGCGGACCAGGAGAUACUCGGCCCGCCAUGGAUGUAUAAACCGAUGUUCAAGAUAGGCAAAUGGCAAGCGCCCUGGUUCGCAUCCCCGGAAACACAAUUGGUGCUCGUCUCAUUCGUCUGCUUCCUUUGUCCCGGCAUGUAUAACGCGGUCUCCGGCCUCGGAGGUGGAGGUCAAGUGAACGCGACCGAUGUGAAUAAUUCAAACACAGCCUUAUACAGUACCUUUGCCGUUGUCGGUUUUUUCGCCGGCUCCAUCGCCAACCGCGUCGGUCUACAAUUGACCCUCUCCCUUGGAGGCUUAGGAUACUUCCUUUAUGUGGCGGCACUCCUCUCGUAUAAUAUCAACCAAAAUGCCGGAUUUCUUAUCUUCGCGGGUGCUUUUCUCGGUGUCUGUGCCGGUUUAUUAUGGUGUGCACAAGGCGCGGUGAUGAUGAGCUACCCACAUGAGCACGAGAAAGGCAAAUACAUCGCCAUUUUUUGGGUCAUUUUUAAUCUGGGUGGAGUCAUUGGCAGUCUGAUCCCGCUGGGUCGGAACAUGCACAGCAAAUCCGACAAGGUCGACAAUACAACUUAUAUUGCUUUUCUGGUCUUGAUGGCUGUGGGAUUUGUCCUUUGCUGGAUGAUCGCCGACUCCAAGUAUAUCAAGCGAAAGGAUGGCUCGCGUGUCAUCGUUAUCAAGAACCCUACCUGGAAAUCGGAGUUUUUGGGCUUGUGGGAGACACUACGGAGCGACUCAUACAUUGUGCUGAUGUUCCCCAUGUUCCUGGCAAGUAAUUGGUUUUAUGGCUAUCACUUCAACUCGGUCAACCUCGCCUACUUCACUAUCCGUACACGCGCCCUGAACAGUCUUCUAUAUUGGACGAUGCAGAUGGUCGGAGCCUUGAUCUUCGGCCAACUGCUCGAUAUGAAGUGUUUCUCUCGUCCCACACGUGCCAAGAUCAAUUUUGGAGUCCUCCUCGCCAUCACUAUGGCAAUUUGGGGUGGUGGUUAUGACUUCCAGAAACAAUAUACUCGUGAGACUGUGAAGCCCGAUAUGGAUUUCAUGGACAGUGGCUAUAUCGGCCCUAUGUUUCUUUAUAUGUUCUACGGAUUCUAUGACGCGGCAUUCCAAACUUGCACAUACUGGUAUAUGGGAUCCCUUUCAAACAACAGCCGCAAAUUGGCAAAUUUCGCUGGUUUCUAUAAGGGUAUCCAAUCUGCAGGCGCAGCUGGAAUGUGGCGCCGCUGUAGCCUCGAUGCUGUGAAAACCCCCUAUAUGGUUGAAUUUGCUUCCUGCUGGGGCCUCCUUGUUGGCAGCAUGCUCAUCGCCUCACCCAUCAUCUUCUUCAAAGUCACAGAGAGCACUUCUGUGGAGGACGAUCUGCGUUUCUCGGAUGAAACUGCUACCGAUGUGCUGGGAGGUACCACUGUGCACGACGAUUCUGAGAAACCCGAGUCUCAUGAAGAGACCUCGUCCCAGAAGAAUUAG